CAUUAUUAUUUUACACACAGUCAUUAAGUAUACUUGUAAAUAAGUCUUUUAUCCAUAUUCGUUUAUCAAUACAUAUCAGAUAUCUAAUCUCAUAUUCUAUAUAAAGAUAUAUAAAGAGCAUUCGAAUGAUAGUAAAUAAAUUAUUAUCCAAAAAAAAAAAUAUAUUUCACAAAAUGAGACAAGCAGGAACUAUUAUUGCCAGCAUAACAGUUUCUGUUGCCCUUGUAAUAUUAAUAUUAAGUUUUGCGAUUGAUGUAAAUAAAAUUAAACUUCCUUCGCAAGCCAACGGAACUCAUACUGGAUAUCCUGUAUGGCAUCCACCUCUUUCAGGAGAUGAUAAAGAAGAAUAUGCUGCAACAAUCAUUUACUCCGUAGUAUUAAUGAUAGUCGCGGGUUUUUAUGCAUUUAAAUGGACGGAUUUUGAUGCAAAAACUAACAGCAAAUUAUUAACAUAUUUCGUUGAUAGAGAGGUAAAUAAAGUUCCUACUAUUGAAUUUGAUCGAUACUUGGCGAGUUAUUGUUUAGUUACAUCCUUAACAGGAAUUCUCUAUUACCUAAUUGAUGUUGGAAAAAUUUGGUCAACGAUUGGAAUAUUACAUAAUGUAAAUGAAAUCAUCAUUAUGGUUUCCUUACAUCACGGAGGAAGAAUUUCUUCAAAUUCAUUUAUGCCUUGGUUGAUUUUAUACGUUCUGUUCGCUGGAGCUUUAAGCUUAUAUUUAGAAUGGCCCUAUGACGCUCUUUGGUUUAAAGUACAAGGGCUUUGUUCAGAUUAUGCGUUGGUCAUUCAAUUUACACGUAUAUAUUUUAAUACACGUAAAGAAUAUGGUCAUGAAUCUCAUCAACGUCUUUUUGAUCCAGAAAGGACAAGACAUGAUAAUACUAGCGGAGAAAAUCCCGUACUAGAAUCCGAUACAACUGAAGAUCGUGCUUUCGGUUAUUUCCGACCUGAUUAUACUUUAUUAUUAGUAUUAGCAUCUUCAGUUCAUAUUAUUGGAAAUAUUUUUAGCACAAUUUGGAUUUAUAAAUUAAGUUCUUAUUUGAUAUUUUCUUUUACAUAUUGUAUUACUUACCCUCUUUACGCUUAUUUCGUUUAUUUGGACACUCAUACUGUUGCUAUUCCUCCCGCUCAAAAAUAUAUUAUAUUACCUGAUAAUAGCACACCAAAAGUUUUUCUUGUAACUGUAUCUUCUAUUUUCCUUUCUCUUCUAACAGCUAAAUUAGGUGUACUCAAUCAGUAACUAAAUGUUUUUAUUUAUUUAUUUUUUUUCUUUAUUUCUUUUUCUUUAAAUAUUGUAUUAUGUAUUAAAGAGAGAUAAACUAAAUAAGUUCCAGAAAAUUAUUGUCGUAUUCUAUUGAUUAUGGGUAUU